CUAAUUACUUCUUUAAUAUUAUUUUACACAUUCAAAUUAAACUAAAUUAAAUAUCUAAGUAAAAUGAUAGUUUUCAUUUAAUUUUUAAGAAUAUUAUAUUUUGUUUCCAUUGAUGGAUUCUCAAAGGGACUUGCGUAUCGGAAUUUGGUUUUCAAAACUUUCAGAAUCCUUUAGUAAUUUAAAAUCUCUAAUUAAACAACAUGAAGUAUUUAUAUCUGGUGAUUUCGAGUACUUUAUUGACAAUUAUGAUAACUUACUCCCGGAUGAUGUUUACAGAUCAUUCCGCCAUCUUAAUGAUGUGAUAGUUUUAACAGCAAAUUUACCUUACCUUACACAUUCUGACAUAUCAUUUUCAAAGAGACCAACGGACGUGGAUUCACCAGAAGAUAAAAUAAUUGACAUAUCGCCUCUCAGGUCAUUCAGCCCGUAUUCAAGCCCUAAAUAUGAACUAAAUGAUGAAGGAUUUAAUGACUCCGUGAUGGGAGUUGCAAUAGUAUUUAUAGUUCUUACUACCCAAAUUUUCAAAACGAAGGGUUUAGAAGAUAUUAAAUCAUAUAUUUCUGGGAUAAUGGACCGAUUCAAGGUUCAUAAUCAAAAGAUAAAGUUUGUUUUGGUGAAUCAUGGAAUAAAAGAUUUAUUGUUGACAAAUCAAGGCAGCCUUCCGAGAUCAUCAAAAGGAGUCCAAAAGGACAACCAAUCGCUAUCUUCAACCGUAAAUGAGCUUGGAACUUACUUAUUAGUCUACCACAAUAUUGAUACAUUUGAAACUGAUGAUAAUGGAGACCUGGCAAAUAUCGUCUCUCUCUCUGCUAAGUCUCUGAGGGCCAGCUAUUCAAGAAGGAGAACUACAAAAUUUAAAUCUAAAAAUAACCAGAAGCUAAAUGAUGAACCGGAAUUGAUCAAAAAAAUAUGGAUGUCCCAGCUUCUGCAAGUGCCGAACAUAGGCAAAACCGAAGCUAUCGAACUAAUGAAAAAGUAUGGAAAACCAUACGAAAUGAUAGAAUCCUUGAAAAAAUCCGAGGGGAAUUUUUAUUAUGAUUUAAAAAACAUAGAAGUCCACGGAAAGAAAAGAAAAACGCUGGGGAAAAUAACAACUAAAAGAUUGGCAACACUAUAUUCGAAAUCAUUGCUGCCUGAUCAGAUUCUAUAAUUUGUUAUAACUUAACUAAUCUUUUUUAAU